ACCUGAUGUCCGCCAGAACCGAUUUCCAACACACCGCUUAACUGCGAUCAGCGGCACAAGAGCCUUAGCUGCGGUCGAUGCUGGGGGAAGACACUCUAAUCGCGGACGUGGCCGUUGUCGUGAUAGUGAUAAUGGUGGUCGUGAUCGUGGUAAUCGUAAUCAUAAUCAUCAUGGACGUGGCGGAGGUCGCGGACGAGGUGGUAGUCGAGACCACGAUGGUUUUGUAUGGUACGAUGACGGCACAACCAUCCUCAACAAUGGUGGAUACUCCCAAGAUACUUGGAGCCGUUUCUCUGAUCGUGAUCGUCGCGUUGUCCUUCAAACCCGUGAAUGUGCUAACAGUCGUCUUAUGAGUGAACGUGACAUUGCCGAAUUGAACACUUUGCGGGAACAAAAUCGUGACCGCCAACAAAACGAAGAAACUGCACCUGCACCUGCCCCAGCACCCUCUUCUGGAAACGUUGGUAGCAGAGUUCGACGUGGCCGUCGCUGA